CCCACAUCUACCACCUAGUGAUUGAGUCAGUAAGCCAUCACAAUCUUCUCUAUUAUUCUCGUCGACAUAUCUUCGCCUUGCUUUUGUUUGACCCAAAAGUGUCCAAAAAGUCAUUUUCCUUUCCUCCGCCCUCACCGGACGAUCCCGUUCCAUUUUGAUCUCGUUGCAACAGACCCCUCCUCCCUCCGAGACAUCUCUCCCCAUCUUACGAGCCACGUCCCCCUUUUCUUUCCUCGGCGCCACAAUGUUCACGGGUCUAGUAGAGACGGUCGGGACCGUCACGUCCCUGACGACACUCGACCCUUCGACCUCGGGCGGCAACGGCACCUCCCUGACCAUCUCCGACUGCUCCUCCAUCCUCUCCGACGCGGCCCUGGGCGACUCCAUAAGCGUCAACGGCACCUGCCUGACCGUCACCGAGUUCGACGGACAAAGCUUCAAGGUCGGCGUGGCCCCCGAGACACUCCGGAGGACGAACCUGGGGGACCUCACCACGGGGAGUCCCGUGAACCUCGAGAGGGCCGUCUCCGCGACCACGAGGAUGGGAGGGCACUUUGUCCAAGGUCACGUCGACACGGUGGCCACGGUGACGUCGGUGACGCCCGACGGGAACGCCCUGACCUUCCGAUUGAGUCCGAGGGAGAAGAGCGUGCUGAGGUACAUUGUGGAAAAGGGUUACAUCACUCUCGACGGCGCCAGUUUGACCAUAACCAGGGUGGACGACGGUCAGGGUUGGUUCGAGGUCAUGUUGAUCGCCUACACCCAGGAAAGGGUGGUCAUGGCCAAGAAGCAAGCCGGGGACGGCGUCAACGUCGAGAUCGACAUUGUAGGGAAACUCGUCGAGAAGAGCGUAGUGGGUUACUUCGAGGGGACGGUGGGGAAGGAAGGGGCGCCGGCGAUGCUGGAAAAGAUCGUCGGGAGACUGGUCGAAGAGAAGAUGGCGUCUUUGAAGGGACACCAGUCGUGACCGUGGGGGCACGGCCAAGGACGAGAAGAUGUUUCGUUGUCGAAUACUCGAUCAUACGCACCCCAUCCGCAAAGCCAUUUCGGCAUUUUUUCCCCCUGGUUGGUCGGCUGACUGGCCGACUUUGAGUACUUGGGUCACCCCCUUCCUGUCUCAAAAUCCCCUCCGCUGUGUCCUUGUAUGCCGAGGCACGUUAGAAAGAAAAAGGAGUCCACCGGAACACAAGAAUGCAUGUCGAGCAAGCGAGUUUGGCUGAUCAACAUCACCGGACAUGAUUUGAUUGUUGUCGUUUCCAACCCGUGGCGUGGCAUUGGCGCAGCGUUGACGUGAGGGAACAAGGGGGGAAAUGGUUUUAUGGAUCCAAAGAACUUUUGCAUUCCAAUCCCCAAAGGUUCAGCCUGGUCUCCAUUCAUAUUGUCAUGUCGUUUGACCAAAAUGACAAAAGGGAAAAGCGGAAACGAUGAACGGAAAUACUCAGAACACUUGGGACCCGGAGAGCUCCGCCGAGUACAGGAACAGGGGGCAGGAGCAAGAGCAGCCAUUUUGGGUUUUUCUUUCCAUCAAUAUUCAUCCCAGGCGUUCACCUAGAGCCAUCAGGAUGUUGUAUAAGUGUAUGUGUUUGGUCUCAUGUAUGUACAUGUAUAAUGUCCAAUUUCCCCACUGUCGUGACAUCAGGCGACAACCCCCGAAGCCUUCAACCUUUCAACCUCUUGCCCGUCCAUGCCCAGCACUUCCGUCAAGACGUGCUCCGUGUGCUGGCCCAACGUGGGCGGCGCGGUCCUC